CGCGGGCCCGGCCGCGCCGCCAGCGCGAGACCGCGCGCGCGCGCCCCCGAGCGCGGUGGGCGGAGGGGCGGAGGGAGCGGCGGGGCCGCGAGGGGGCGGGGGGGCGGAGAGGGGAGCCCCGGGAGCGCGAGCCGCGGCCGGCGCCGCUGCAGAGCCGAGCGAAUCCCGAGCCCGGGCAGCAGGGCACUAUAUUUGUAUGUGUCUUGUAGAACCCACGCUUGGAAAUGCUGACAGCAGGCUUCAGGACAGCUGAGCCCCAAUAAACACCAAGAAAACCCACGGCUCUGGCUGCAUCUUCCAACAUGACCAAUCCACAGCCUGCCAUAGAAGGAGGAAUUUCUGAAGUUGAGAUAAUCUCCCAACAAGUAGACGAAGAAACCAAGAGCAUUGCUCCCGUGCAGCUGGUGAACUUUGCCUAUCGGGACUUGCCCCUGGCUGCUGUUGAUCUUUCCACGGCGGGCUCGCAGCUCCUGUCAAAUCUGGACGAAGAUUACCAAAGAGAAGGGUCUAACUGGCUGAAGCCGUGCUGUGGGAAGAGAGCAGCCGUGUGGCAGGUAUUUUUGCUCAGUGCAAGUCUCAACAGUUUCCUGGUAGCCUGUGUAAUAUUGGUGGUGAUUCUCCUGACUCUGGAACUUCUAAUAGAUAUAAAGCUUCUCCAGUUUUCCAGCGCGUUCCAGUUUGCUGGUGUGAUUCACUGGAUCAGCCUGGUCAUUCUGUCCGUGUUCUUCUCAGAGACCGUUGUACGGAUUGUGGUGCUUGGGAUCUGGGAUUACAUCGAAAACAAAAUAGAGGUGUUCGACGGGGCGGUGAUCAUCCUGUCUUUGGCUCCGAUGGUGGCAUCUACUGUGGCCAACGGACCCAGGAGCCCAUGGGACGCCAUCAGCCUCAUCAUCAUGCUCCGGAUCUGGAGGGUGAAGAGGGUCAUUGAUGCCUACGUCCUGCCAGUGAAGGUGGAGAUGGAGAUGGUUAUCCAGCAGUACGAGAAGGCCAAGGCCAUCCAAGACGAGCAGCUGGAGAGGCUGACGCAGAUCUGUCAGGAGCAAGGGUUUGAGAUCCGGCAGCUGCGCGCGCACCUGGCGCAGCAGGACCUGGACCUGGCUGCGGAGCGCGAGGCGGCGCUGCAGGCCCCGCACGUGCUCAGCCAGCCGCGCAGCCGCUUCAAGGUGGUGGAGGCCGGCACGUGGGACGAGGAGACGGCGGCCGAGAGCGUCGUGGAGGAGCUGCAGCCGUCGCAAGAAGCCACCGUGAAAGAUGACAUGAACAGCUACAUCAGUCAGUAUUACAAUGGGCCCAGCACUGACAGUGGUGUCCCAGAGCCAGCUGUGUGUGUGGUCACCACGGCUGCAAUCGACAUCCACCAGCCCAACAUCUCCUCGGACCUCUUCUCUCUGGACGUGCCCCUCAAGCUCGGCACUAAUGGCACUGGGGCCAGCGCCACCUCGGAGAUUGCCUCCCGCAGCUCGGUCACCCGGGCCCAGAGUGACAGCAGCCAGACGCUGGGCUCCUCCACGGACUGCAGCACCGCCCGAGAGGAGCCAUCCUCUGAGCCCGGCCCCGCUCCCCUGCCACUGCCGCUGCCACCCCAGCAGCAGGUGGAGGCGGCCACAGUCCAGGACCUGCUGUCCUCCCUGUCAGAGGACCCCUGCCCAUCCCAGAGGGCCUUGGACCCAGCCCCCCUCGCCCGGCCCAGCCCAGCAGGUUCGGCCCAAACCAGCCCCGAGCUGGAGCACAGGGUAAGUCUGUUCAACCAGAAGAACCAGGAGGGCUUCACCGUCUUUCAGAUCAGGCCUGUCAUCCACUUCCAGCCCACUGCGCCCGUGCUGGAGGACAAGUACAGAUCUUUGGAAUCCAAAGAGCAAAAGUUGCACAGGGUCCCUGAGGCCUAGAGCCUGCAGUGGGCUGGGUGGGAGGAGGGGAGAUAGCCAUCUCGAAGCUCUCCUGGGACCCUGGAGGCUGCCAAGGGCCACACGCGGGGCCCAGGAGCCCACCUGGCCUCCCUCAGGGUGCUGCCUGCCUCCAGGAAGGCGAUGCCAGGCCAGGAGGCCACAAGCUUCAGACCUCAAAGCCCAGAGCUGGCGCCUCUUCUCGCCCUGCUCGGGAGGGUGGUGCUCGUGGCUGGGUUUUCUUUUUAACCAUUUUUACAAAAACCAGCCUGUGGCCCAGCUUCAGCAGGGUAGAGUACGGGGGGCCAGCUCAGCCUCUUCCGUUGCCUUCGUUCCUGACGCCCACCCCGGACCCUCGGGAACAGCACUGUGAGCAGGGGCUGUCCAGCCCCACCCUAAGCCGUCUCUCCCAGGAAUCCUGGGUGGAGUCCCACACAAUCACACAGAGAGACCACCAUCUGAGCCUACUUCAUCUGUCCUCAUUCUCAUUCCAGCAUGAGCGUUUCUGAGUCUCUUCAAGACAAAUCUAGUUUUCACCUUCACAGGAUAUAAAGGGAUCAACCUAGAGGUGGGUGGGAGGGUUCUGGGAGGCAGGGGGGCAACCAUUUUCCAACCUUGGCUUUAAUAAUAAAAACCAGCUGCACUGAGA